AUGAUAAUAUCGAUCCCGAUGUCUAGACAAACGUUAGUGCCGCUGUCAUCGAACUACUUGAAGAAAGAAGAUUUCCCGGUCCACCAGAACAAACUACAAGGAAAAAAGCUCACCAUAACAGCAGGAAAGAGCAUUUCAAUCCUAGAUUUGCAAAACGAACUAGUUGCAGGAUCUAGUGGUGUUAAACAAAACAUUUUAAACCGCAACAAAAAAACUAGAACAACAAUUUCUAGUGAUUCCGAAAGCUUUGUUGCUAUGUCACUCCAAUCGGAGAGAGAGCCUGACGAUGACAUUGAAAGUGCGACUAAAUUCACACAAGAAAAUACAAGCGAAAGCAACACAUGCAAAGGAAGGAAUGAAAUAAAAAUUGGGCAGUUUGUCCUAUUUUUAUAUGAAAAACAUAGUUAUCCUGAGCAAGUUAUUGAAUUAAAAGAAGACGAGAAGUAA